ACCCCUCCCCCCUCUCUCUCUCCCCUCCCUCCCCACGCGGCGCGCUGCUCCCGAAUCGAAGCUUCCAGAAGCCUACGCGGAGGCGCGCCGGGACCCGAGCGGGGUGAGGGGCGGAGGGAGGCGCAUGGCGGAGGCGCGGAGGGUGUCGUUCCGCAACGGCCGCUUCGCGUCGCGGAAGACGGAGGAGGCUGCAUGGAGACGGCACCAGGCUGCAGCGUGGCUAGAGAGCAUGGUUGGGCCCUUCGGCCUUACCCAUUGCCCAUCGGAACAAGAAUUUGUUGCUGCUCUAAGAAACGGCAUUGUCCUAUGCAAGGCCAUCAACAAAAUACAGCCAGGUGUUGUGCCAAAGGUUGUUGCAAACGCCCCCUGCGAUAGCCAGCCAUCGACGGCUUUUCAAUAUUUUGAGAACAUCCGCAAUUUCUUGGUUGCUGUUCAGGCGCUAAAGUUGCCGAGCUUUGAGGCCUCUGAUUUGGAAAAGGACAAUCUUGAUGCUGGGUCAGUGGGCAAGAUAGCUGAUUGUGUCAAUUCUCUGAAGUCCUACCAGGAGCGAAAGAAAUGCAGCGGAACCUAUGGGCCAGUCAAGUAUAUGAAAUCACCUCUUGCACCACGCUCUGCAAUUCAUGUUCAGUCUGAAAAUGUCACUUUAGGAUCUUCUACCCCUCAAAAGUGUCUAGACUUGACAGAGAUUGAUGCCGAGGGACAAUCUUCUCAAAACGUGGGUCCUAACAUGGAAGAGGCAAUUGGAAAACUUCAGAGGAUUAUUCUUGAUUGCAUGAUAAGCUGCAAGGAAAAUCUGAACCAGGACGCUCUUAAAAAGGAUCCAGUAACACUAGUUGGCACUAUUUUAUCAAAUCAACUGGAAAAAGAACAGUUCAAACCACUCCUUCAACUUAUUUCUCCAGAAGGGGCUGCUACGAAAAAUGAACCAAAUCAACAAAUCGAGUGCUCAAACUCGCAGAAUGAGAAUAGACUGCGUCUCUUGGAAGCACAGGAAUCUGAACUUUUGGAGCUCAAGACAAUGUUUCAAGAGGUUAAAGUUGAUUUCAGGUCUUUGCAGACCCAAUUCCAAGAUGAUAUCACAGAAUUAGGCCAUAACAUUCAAGGGAUAUCCAAAGCUGCUCUUGGCUAUAACCAAGCUGUGAAAGAAAACAGAAACCUGUAUAACAUGCUUCAAGAAGUGCGAGGGAAUAUCCGAGUCUUCUGCCGGAUAAGACCACUUAUGAACUCAAAGUCUAUUUCUUCAAUUGAACAUGUUGGAAAUGAUGGUUCGAUAAUGGUUUGUGAUCCAUAUAAGCCACAAACUACACGCAAGAUCUUUCAGUUCAACCAAAUUUUUGGGCCAACAACCACUCAAGAUGAGAUUUACAGGGAGACGCAAUCAUUGAUUAGAUCUGUCAUGGAUGGUUAUAAUGUGUGCAUAUUGGCUUAUGGGCAGACAGGUUCUGGCAAAACCCAUACAAUGUGCGGCCCGUCUGGUGGGUUAUCGUCUAACGAUCUUGGAAUCAAUUACAUGGCACUGAACGAUCUCUUCACUAUAUCAACUUCUAGAGAAGAUGUAAAGUAUGAUAUACGAGUGCAGAUGGUUGAAAUAUACAAUGAGCAAGUUCGUGAUCUCCUAAGUGAAGAUACUUCAAGCACGAAAUUAGAUAUAAGGUCUUCAAGCAAUGGUCUGUUCAACCUUCCAGAUGCAAAGAUGUGCCCAGUUCAGUCCCCUUCUGAUGUUAUGACUUUGAUGCUGCUGGGGGAAAAGCACCGUGCUUCUGGUCCAACAGCAAUGAACAAUAGAAGCAGUAGGUCUCACAGUAUCUUGACUGUCCAUGUAAAUGGGAAGGACAUUUCUGGCAAUGUCAGCUGUAGCUGCCUGCAUUUGGUAGAUCUUGCAGGAAGUGAAAGGGUUGACAGGUCAGAAGCCACGGGGGACAGAUUGAAGGAGGCUCAGCAUAUUAACAAGUCACUGUCUUGCCUAGGGGAUGUCAUCACUGCCUUAGCUCAGAAGAAUUCUCACAUUCCCUACAGAAAUAGCAAACUUACCCAAUUGCUACAGAGUUCAUUAGGGGGAAAUGCAAAGACAUUGAUGUUAGCCCACAUAAGUCCGGAGGGGGAAUCUUAUGUAGAAACUCUUAGCACACUGAAAUUUGCCCAAAGGGCUUCUACUGUUGAACUUGGAACUGCUCAUGCAAACAAAGAAAGCAAUGAUAUAAGAGAGCUUAAAGAACAGGUAGAAACUCUCAAAAAGGCAUUGGCAACCAAAGAAUUUGAAAGAUCGUCACUUAAACUGAAGGAAAAUACAGUAACGAGUGAGAGAACAAAGCAACUCCCGCAGCGUACCCCACCAAGGCCGCGUAGGUUAAGCCUAGAGACUACUAGUAGUGAAAAGGGUAGCAUACCAGGAAAGCCUCCAAAAUCACCUGUUUCAGCGAUGACGUUCAACAGAGAUCACGGGACAGCUCGUGACAAGGAGUGCAGUAUUGAUGUCUUCAACCACACAAAGAUCCACAGAUCUGUAAUACAGAUGUCCCCAACAUUAUCUGAAGUGCCAGUCGGACAUGAGAGUGAGACGAUAGUUACAACAGAUGAUACGGUUACCUUUUAUCAACUACCCCCUGAUGGUUAUAAUCAAUACAAGCAGUCAGGUUUGGAUACUCUCCAGAGAACACCAUGCAGAUCAAGGUACAUGGGUGUGCAAGUGAGUCAGACGGAAGAACCUUCUGAUGCCAAAUUGGAUAAAACAACCACAAGCAGCGUGGCGAAGAGAGGGUCACAUUUAAGAAGAUCCAUUCAGAGCAGCAUAGGGAAGUUGAUUCAUGGCUCUGAAAGAAGGAAUACUCCACAUUCAGCCCAAGCAACUCCUGCCAAAAUCACAACUAAUGCAAAUAAUGACGGCGCAUCUCCAAUUACUACCAACGCGAGGUUAAAAAGAAGACAGUCACUAACAGGUCUCCCACCUCCAUCGACGACCAUGUCACGCAGAUCAUCUCUAGGAGGAAAGUCGGAUUCGAGUGUACAAAAUAGCCAAAUCAUUGCAUGUGCUGCCAGCGCCAGAAAUUACAAGCCACUGCCAUUCUCCUGGGUUCGAUGGCCUGAACAACAUCAAUGUUCAAGUGACAGAAAAGCCAAAACGCCACCUCCGAUGAAUUCAGCUGCGAAGGCAAAGAGAUGGCUGUGAAUCCUCAGUGAAAAUCGUCAGAGAUUUCCAUCUCAAGCUGAGCAUGAAUCCGCGAUAGCUGCCGAGUUAGAGUCAUCAGCUUCUGUCAAACCAUGAUACUGCUGAAGAAGGAACACCAGGCGAGGGUUCGCGAUGUUGAGAGAGCCCCCCACAGGUUCAGGCUAGGUUACAUUCCUUGUAACAACUGAAACUUCUUGAGAGGUUACAUAACAUGUGGAUGGAGUGUGGAAAUGGAAGCAAGUAAAGAAUGCUUGUUUUGUGUUUGUUGUAUUCUGAAUCUCUGAAUGAGUCGAGAAAGCAAUGCAAAAAUGAUUCAGAUUAA